UGCAUAAUACUUGGAAAUAUUUGCAAAGAAUGGCGCUUAUUUCUGUACGAACGUAGGAUAAUCCUCUACAAAUCUAGGAAGACGUUCUAACAUAACCCUGGACGAUUCGUUGGGACAAUAACACUGAAAAAGAGCUWAAGGUACUUGCCAUGGCUUAGAGAAAGGCGCCAACAAGAGCAGAGAAUCAAGAAUUGUUGCCCUGUACGAUGCGUUUUACUAAGCUUUUAACAGUUCUGAAGAGUUUAUAGUAAUGAACGUAACUAGUGAUGUGAUUUUACCGGCGAAUUGGUACCAACACAGACAACUAUACGACGCUAUCAGAGGAGAUUCUCCUGCUGGUAAAACCUCAUCAAAUGUAAAAGUCAAGAUAGCAAUAGCGUUUGCUAUAGCAUGUGCAAGUCUUCUCGUAUUUAUAUUCCUGUUCCUGCUCUACAAAUACUUUCGACAACGACGCGAAGCAAUCCCCCGCGAUGACCAAAAGAUUCUCUACAGAACACCUUCRUUUAGAGAGAGCGAUUUCUCUCGCGCGCCUCAACAACGAAGACACAGACCGUUAAUGCAAGCAGACAGRUCAUCAUCUGAUAUCUAUUUAACUCAAGACUGGCCUAAUGGUAAUUUAAGCCCUACAACCGAUUCAGAAGAUGGUUUAAAUGCCGUUAUCCCAAGGGUCGGUAAAYUGCACUUUUCCUUCCUAUAUGAUACUGUAAAAGAGUGUCUCAGAGUGACAGUUCUUCGCGCUACAGAAAUAGUAUUAUUUGAACCAACAACYUAUGUYGAAGUCUACCUUCUUCCUGAUAGAGAGCUGAAACAACAAACAAAAGUACAAUACAAAACAGCUAGUCCAAUCUUUGAGGAGAGUUUUGAUUUCGAUGUGGCAUUUGGUGAGCUAUCAGAGAGAACAUUGCAAUUUUGUAUGUAUAGUUUCGAUGGUUAUUCACGGCAUCAAGCCAUAGGGGAAGCAUUUCAUAGUUUUGAUGAGAAUCUCAACAUGGAGGAGAACACACCGAUUACCAUUGAAAAGGACAUUAAGAAAGAUAUUUCGUUAUUUAUGGACGAUAGCCCAAUACGUGUUGGCGAGGUGUUGGUAUCCCUGUGUUAUUUACCGACAUCCGGUAGACUUACAUUUGUUAUCCUUAAAGCAAGGCUGUCAAAAAAUGAAGUUGGUGAUAUUUUACCGAGRCUUUUCGUCAAAGUCUCCUUAAUGGUAUCCGGUCGUCAAAUUAAGAAYACGAAGACCUCAGUUGUCCGUCGGACACUUCAACCCGUCUACAACGAGGCGUUCGUCUUUGAUAUUCCUGUCAAUCGACUGGGUGACGUCAGCCUGGUAGUYCGCGUGCUCAGUACUYCCGAGCCUAGCUCGCAAGCAGAACAGGAGACUCGAAGUAGUAAAACAAUAGGAAAAUCAGUCAUUGGUCCUGAUGCUAAAAAUAGCAUAGGAUUACAUCAUUGGAAUUGUAUGAUGACGGCACCUCGUAAACCAGUAGCGCAAUGGCAUCCUCUUCUGCUAAGAUGAGGAUACUAAUUAAUUUAGAUAGUUGACUAGUACAACUCAGGGAAUUAAUUUGUAAGGGGGGAACAUUACUCUUAUUGUUAAACGUGUUCACRCGUCAAUCAAAUUCCGAACUUCAUCYUACUGCUGUCGUGAAUGGCUCGGAGUUUGUUCGGUAAUGAGGAAGGACCCUUGAAAUCAGUUCGGUGAAGUUCGGAGUUUUUCGGUGGAUGACAUCGGAUGACAGUUGACUGUUAGCGAUUUUAAACGUCAGUGCAGUUCGUAUAUUAGAAUUACAGUAAAUCUAGGAAAUGUGUCAUUUAUGAUUAUAGUCUGUAUUCAAUUUUGUUUCGUGGGUUUAAUGUCCCUGUUGAAGAAAAAGGAAAUGAUGGCUGAACAGGACARAGGUAUCCCAUGAAUAAGACAGGGAAUCCAAAAUAACAGGAUAAUGUACUUCCAGCACAAAAUUAAAAAUGGGGUUUUAUAU